AUGAUGUGGUCCAUCGUUGGAGCGGCACGGGCAGCCUCUCUGGUCCUCGCCCACCUUUGCUCUUCCCCUCCCCCACAAACUUCCAGCACAGCGCAAGCAACCAGAGAUCCGAUUGAGAAGAGCUUGAGGUGGAAAGAACAAGCAGGCAAAGCACACCAAAGGCACACCAAAGGCACAACCGAAAAAGCAAGCCACACCCCCUCAUCUCUCAUCCGUCGUUCACCACGGCACAACCACACUGACAGCAACCACAAUGGCCCCACUUCCCCAGGUGGCAGCAUCACAGUCAAGACCAACGACUUGAGCCCCAAAUCCGAGGCUCGAAAGCCAACAGAGGAAGCCUCCGCGUCGCCUACAGCCGAAUCCAAGAAGCGGAGGAGCAGCAGCUCCAAAGCCAAAGAGAUCUUUACCCAGGCUAAAAACUCGUUAAUUCAUGGUGACAAGGACGGGCCUCAAACACCCAUGCAGAGACUGUCCAAAACCGAUGCGGCGCUGAGUGUGCCACAAGGCUCGCUGAAUAACUCGGCCGGCGAGUCACAACCUACGCCGAAUUCGUCCUUUUUGGUCGGUGUGACUGAAGACAAGAACAAGAAAUGUCGCCGCACCAUGGAAGACACUCACUCAUAUCUUUACAACUUUCUCGGCACACCAGCACCUGUGCUCUCUUCCGAAAACUCAUUAUCCAAGAAAACCUCCAGAGAAGAUCGGAACAGCCUCAGCACCAUCCCGUCCAAUUCUGCCCAACAUGUGGUGGAGACCGACAAUGGCUACUUUGCUAUUUUUGACGGGCAUGCGGGCACCUUUGCAGCCGAGUGGUGUGGGAAGAAACUGCACGUCAUUCUGGAAGAAUUAAUGCGCAAGUAUCCCAAUACGCCCGUCCCAGAGCUGCUUGAUCAGACAUACACCACGGCCGACAAUCAAUUAGAGAAAUUGCCACUGAAAAACAGUGGGUGUACAGCAAUCACAGCAGUGCUGCGGUGGGAAGACCGCGUGCCUACCAACCAUUCCGCCACGGGGUCUCAGGCCAUUGCGUCGUUGGCCGCAGCAGCGGCGAAAGAGGCAGAGAAGAACGAGAAAAACAACGAGCCACCGAAAGAUGGAAAAGACUCUACGCCGCGGUCCAACUCAACGGCUGAAGCGGCGGCAGCAGCGAUUCAAGAAGCUAAGCAAAAAGCUACGCGACAGAGAGUGCUGUACACCGCUAAUGUUGGUGACGCCCGGAUUGUUUUGUGCCGUAACGGGAAAGCGCUUCGUUUGUCGUACGAUCACAAGGGAAUGGACGAAAAUGAGGGACGAAGGAUAUCGAAAGCCGGAGGAUUGAUACUGAAUAACCGGGUCAACGGGGUGCUAGCCGUGACGCGAGCGUUGGGCGAUUCAUAUUUGAAAGACUUGGUAACCGGGCAUCCUUAUACGACUGAGACUGUGAUUCAGCCUGACCAAGACGAGUUUUUGAUCUUGGCCUGUGAUGGAUUAUGGGAUGUCUGCUCAGACCAGGAGGCAGUGGACUUGGUCCGCAAUGUUCACGACCCUCAAGCUGCCUCGAAGAUGUUGGUGGAUCAUGCGUUGGCCCGUUUCUCGACCGACAACCUGUCUGUUAUGGUUGUUCGCUUCGAUCCGCAGAAGCUACAACAAAAUACCAAGAUGGAUAUUGGGGUGGAGACCGAGACGACCAAGGAUAAACUCGCGAUCAGCGAGGUGGAGAUGCUCGUGGGAGAAGCACGGCGGCAUUCCGGACUGGCUCAGGAAGGACAAAUAUCUGAUCAAGACUCGGAAGAGUUGAGGCAGACAGUGAUCCAGGAACAGGAAGAAGAAGACCAGGAAACGGGCCCAGAGUAUACGCCGGAGGGUCAGACCGAAGCUGAGAAGAUCUUGUCAGAGAAGAAAUCGGAGCAGGAGAAGCCUAGCGAAAGUUGA